CAAGUUCAAGCCUUCUCCAAUGUAAAAUAAAUAACUACAAGUCGCGUGUGUAGAAGACGAGUGGUAUAUCUGUAUCUUUGUAGUCGUAGAGUAGUCAGUUCUCAGAGUAAAGUGAAGUGCUAAGACAUUAGAUCGUGUGUAGUGUGGUACAUUCUCUUAUUCUGAUAAACCUAUUCAAUAAUUUGGAACUAUCAGACCAUCUCUUAGCUCUGGUACCUUUUCUAGUUAAAAAUGGUACCAAUGAGUGAAGGAGUUAAUAAUGCCAAUUUAAGACUUGGUAGUCCAUCAUCAACUGCAUGGCUCUAUUUAUUAGCUGAGUUCUUUAUUGGAAUUUUUUUCUCUAGUAUUCUAGCUAUUUUAGGAAUAAUCAAGUAUAUCUUGCCAAAACCUCCAAGGGAUCUUAGAGGAAAUGUAGCUUUGGUAACAGGUGCCACUUCAUCACUAGGCAGGUGCUUAGCUGAAGAAUUUAUACGAGUCGGUUGCACUCUCAUUUGUGUCGACAAUGACCUCGACUCUGUGAAAAGUAUGGCCUGUGAGCUGAUGGAGAAUUAUUCUGCAAUCCAGAAUGUCGGACCGAAUCACAGGAAACAGGAUAUGUCUGAGUUCAAAGUCAAGGUCUUUGCAUACCAAUGUGAUCUCUGGGAUCGUAAUGCAAUUCGAGAAGUUGCUGAAAAAAUAAAAAAAGAUGUUAGAAGGAUUGAUAUUCUUGUUACAUGUGCUGGAAAUCUUCAACAAGAUGUUUUUGAUAUUGUCAGCAUGACGUUGAUGAGUCAUUAUUGGACUCUUCUCACCUUUCUUCCUUCGAUGAUUCAACAGGAAAGAGCUCACAUAGUUGGGAUUACUCCAACUACAUCUACAGAUGAUGCAUACAUGGGCACCAAAGCUGCUAUUGCUGGUUUGAUGGAAAGUCUCAGUCACGAAUUUAGUCAUUGUGGAGGUCAUUUAAAUUUCAUCACUGUUGCACCUAAAGCUGAUCCAAGGCUGAUAAAGCAAAAUGAAAAACAAGUAGCCUUGGAUGUAGUGAGAGCAGUACGCAGAGAUCAAUUUUACCUUUCAGCAAGCUGGUGGUCGACAAUGAUGUAUCAUAUUAAUUGCACAAUACACAUGACUAUUAUCACUAUUACACGAUGGAUCAAUGCACAAGGAUGCUACGAAUUUUUUUAAACAUCAAUUCAUCUCAAUUUUCAAUUGUAUAUAUUCACUUCAUCGGUGUCUAUUUUUAAGGAAAU